AUGACGGUGCUCGCAGGGCAUGAAUUCACGCGCAAGUGCGCCGACGAAGGCGCCGCCCGGGGCUUCCGCUUCUCCGCCUUCUACUACGAUGCCGCCGAGCUCGCCGGCUCUUGGGCCACAGGGUUUAUAGGAUACGCAUCAGUCCCCACCGACUGCCUGGAAGACUACGACAUGUCGAUCGCCGUCCUCGAGGACCCCAUCGGCGACAAGCUCGGCUGGCUCGCCGUCGGCACGCUAAUUGACGACCUGGAUCACAGGGUUGAUGCAAACGUUACGCGUCAAGUGCUGACCGCUGCUCCGCCCUUGCGCCGAGGGUGGUACCCCGGAACGGGUGACAGGACGAUCUAUGGCAUCAACAUUGGCGGAAAUGCUCAGCAGAGGUGGGGCAACUACCCGCGUCAGCAGGCCAUCAAGUCGCGCCGGGGUCCGCACAACUUCUUCAGCUCCUGGCAGUCCAUCGAGCCGCUGGACGAGGACAAGAAGGCGCGAGCCGCGCACGAUGGGUUGCGGAGAGUGCCAUCUCAGAAACAGACCCCGCGGCGUCAAAAGCGCCGAGAGGAUGCGGCGGAGCUGGAAGCGCCCGAGUCAGAAGAGGCCGUGUUCAAGAGAGAUACAGAUCUGCGCUUGAAGAUCAUGAAGCUCCGUAGAACUUCUCUGGGCGUGGGAGUCAAGAUUUGA